CUCUCAUUCUUGCCUGUUGAGUUUAUUUGGUCCGGCGGUCGGUGUCCUGCCUUACACGCUGACGACUGCUCCUCAGCUGCUCGUCAGGCUUCUGAAUGUGCACUAUCGUAUGGGAGUGAGUGUGUCGUCUCGCGCAAUGGGCAGACGCGAUGGCGACAGCAGAGGAGCGACGAACACCGGCGAUCGCUCGGAACUGGGCUGCCGGCAGAGUCUUGGCGGACGCGGUGGUGCGCGCGUGUCGGAGGCGGACGCCGACGUGGAUGCGUCGGGCCGGCCAGCGUUGGAGGUGAAGAAGCACCAGCACAAACACAACCUGAAGCACCGCUACGACCUGAUGGAAACGCUGGGGAAGGGCACCUUCGGUAAAGUGAAGAAGGCGGUCGAUAGAGCAAGCCUCGAAACGGUGGCCAUCAAGACUAUCCGUAAGGAGCGUAUCACAGACGACCUUGACAAAAUUCACAUCCAGAGGGAGAUUGAGAUUACCUCCUCACUCCGGCACUCCCACAUCAUACGCUUCCUCGAAGUGUUCGAGAGCCGCGAUAAGAUUGUGAUUGUGAUGGAGUACGCCAGCAAAGGAGAGCUGUACGAUUACAUCUCAGAGAAGGGGAAACUUGCGGAAACAGAAUCCCGCAGCAUCUUCAGGCAAAUCACAUCGGCUGUCCACUACUGCCACAAGAACGGUGUUGUACACCGAGACCUUAAGCUGGAAAACAUUCUUUUGGAUGAAGAUCUGAACGUGAAGCUUGCCGACUUUGGCCUUUCCAAUCAGUACCAGAGGGACACUCUACUGCAGACCUUUUGUGGAAGUCCACUCUAUGCCCCCCCGGAAAUAGUGACUGGGCUGCCCUACCAAGGACCAGAGGUGGACUGCUGGGCGCUGGGUGUGCUGCUGUACGCUCUGGUGUAUAGCAGUAUGCCAUUUGAUGGGGCCAGUCACUCCAUCCUCAAAGAGCAGAUCUGCCAAGGACGCUAUCGGAGACCCAACCCCCCCUCAGACGCCUGCGCUCUUAUCGACUGGCUGUUGACGGUGCGUGUGAACGAGAGGGCGACGAUCGAGGAUGUAGCCAACCACUGGUGGGUGAACUGGGGCUACGAGGAGAGCGUGUGUGACUGCGCUUCAUCAGCACACUCGGAUUGUCCCUCCCCACUGCUGGCUCGCUACAUCGACUGGCAGAAUCGAGUUGCCACCAGCUUGGCUGCUGAGCCAGGAUGCCUUCCUUCGGAAUCCAACCAUCACCCCCCUCAUCCCUGUUCCUUCAGCUUGCCUCUUAGGGCUGAGCGAGGAGGAAGAACGCGAGGUGGAUCAUCCAGCGUCAGAAAGUCUCGCAAGGAGAACGCCAUUCCUCAGACUACACAAGGAGCGGGUGGUGCUGCGGCAGCUUCAGCCUGCGCUGUGCCAUCGUCUGCCUACACCUCUGAAAGAAAGAAACCCAAAAGUAUUCUGAAACACCAGAGGAGUUUUGACUCUGUUUUGCACAGCCCUCCCAAAGAAAGUUCCCACCCGGAUACUGUUGAUCCCCAUCUUUAUCAAAAACAUGCACUUGGCCACACACGUGCUGAAGUCCUGGCCACUGGUCUGACAUCUCCCUGUACAUUCAGACAGCCCUCUUGUAAAAUGCCCAAAAAGGGUAUACUUAAGAACCUGUAUGAAGGGGAAACGGGUUAUGUCUCCUCCUCACGAGGAAGAGAGUCCAGACUCGGCGUCCAAGAGAGUGAUGCCGAAGACUCCUGCUUGAACAAACAGCACCAAUUUGCCCCAGCAGCAGAGGACAGUCCAACCAUGAGCACAGAGGCAGUGAGAAAACGAAAGGGUAUUCUUAAACGGAACGGCAAGUUCUCACGCAGUCUCGACCUUCCGGACGAACAGCGCUCCCCGCCGCCUUCCGAUCGCGCGUCAUUCCCAGACACUCUGCAGCAGUUCCUCCGAGCCAAAAUGGCCGCCGAUGGCCACCAAAGCCGCCCCUCUAGCGUGGUGAGUGAGGAUAGCCUUUUCUCCAGCGACUCCUUCGACCUGCUGGACCUCAGCACCCGAUCGCGCCGCAGCUUUUUUUGCCAGGGAAUGCAACGCAGCAUGUGUAGCUCAGAGGAGGACCUGCGAGGUGGAGCAGGUGAAAAUGAAGGGCAUGAGUCCAAGUGGUGAUGUCCGUCAUCAGAACCGUGGCUAAAUUAAAGACCCUGUAUGAAGUGAAAGCAUGCAAUGUGUUUCUAAACAUGGUGUACAUGUUUGAAACAGGGCCGUAGCCAGAUAAUUUUCACCGAGGAGGCCAGAGUGACUCAACACCUAAGUCAGGGGGGGCCGUGCAUGCGUCAUUCUUUAUCACAGCAUCCGCAGUUCGGGUUUUAUGAAAUCAAAUUCAAUCCUAUGCCCAUCACGCUCAUAAUCAAGCAGGAACAAGUUUGGGUAGAAAGCAAGUUUUUUUUUUUUUUUUUAAAGAAAUGUGAUCUUAAUUUACUUGAUACUGCCAUUUCCUUUGCCAUGGCUUUGCUUUUCUGUCCUAUCUCAUAGUUUACGUGUAUCUCAUGCACUGAUUCGCAAGCUAAUAGCCAGUUAGACUGAUCAAUUGCCACUGACAGCUGACACCCUUUUUUAUUCUACAUUCAAUGUCUCAUUUAUUGAAAUCAUUUCUAAAAAGCACAGUGGCACAAAAAUAUCUCAAUUCUUCACAAUUCUAAAUGUUGCUUUUUACUUGGUUCUGCUUGUGAAUGUGUUGGGCGCGAUUGGUAAGAUUGGUGUCCAUUUUAUGUCAUGAAACUUUGACCGUUGAUGGUAUGAUUAACAAUGACUUCUCAAUCAUGUCUGCUUACUUUGGUUUGAAAGUAAUGAUUUCGAUUACCGUUGACUGUAGGAAUUGUUCUUUACUUAAGACAGAUUCUUUUAGAUUUUCCAUUAAGAUCAAUUGUAUAUUUAUAUUUUAAGUAUGAUGUUAAUAUAUAAACAUAACUUGUGGCAGAGUAUUAAGGGGUCUAAGAAUACUGCAUCAAUGGGAAAAUGGCAGAAAAAGCAGAGAUAUGGUUGUUGGGGGCUUUGCGUUGUGACUUUUGUCUGCCAUUCCUGCAUGUUUCACACACAUCACUGUGUCAAUAGGGACAAAACAAUAUCAUAUAAAUGUUUCGAUUAUGAUUCACUAACCAUUACAAUGCAUCAAAAGACCCUUGCUCCUUUGCACAAAGAACAUUUCACGAAUUGCAUUCGUCUCACUUUCAAGCAUCAGACCAUGCAGGAGAUGUGUGCAAUCCUGUGGAAAAGUGGGUUUCUUUUUAUUCGUGUCAUGAAGAAUACAUCUUUCCUGCAAUGAAAAGUCGUCAACGUCAAUGGAAGCAUCAUGAGAGAAUAUUUAUGAGCAUAGACACCGGCUUGGGAAAGAGACAAAAUGUGCUGUACUGUGUAAUAAAUGAUGCAUU